AUGCCGACGGGCAGCCCGCUCAAGGACAUCAUCAGGGUGCUCGUCGCCGCUGUCAGGAAGCGCAACGUGAGGAUGGAAAGGGACGAUGGCGCGGUGGUGCUGCUCAAGGAAGACGACGCCAACAACGACGGCGAGCGGCAGCUGCUGUCACGCACCAAGGGUCUGCGGUGCCUUGACAAGGCUGGCGCGAUCGUCGUCAAGGACGGAGACACGGAGCAGGAGGGCGAAUGGUCUCUGUGCACUGUGAGCGAGGUGGAGGGCAUGAAGAUCCUGGUGCGGAUGCUGCCCAUCUGGGUGACGUGCGUGCUGUACGCGGCGCCGCUGGGGCAGAUGACCACUACCUUCAUCCAGCAGGGGAUGGCCAUGGACACGCGGGUGGGCGGGCGGUUCAAGGUGCCCGUGGUGUCGCUGGUGUCUGUCGAGGUGGUGUUCAUGCUCCUAUGGGUGGUGUUGCAUGACGCCGCCAUCAUUCCGGCGGCGCGGCGGCUUACGGGGCGCCCCGGCGGGCUGACGCAGCUGCAGCGCAUGGGCGUGGGGCGGUUCCUGGUGGUGCUGGCCCUGGGACGGCCGCGCUCGUCGAGAGGCUUCGGCUCCGCGCCAUCCACGGAGGGAGCGGGCCGAUGA